AUGGCGUGGGCUGCCGGAAGCGCGUUCCCGCAGCAGGAGGACACUGCACGAAGCCAAGUGCCUGCAGAAGAAGCGGCACCGCCAGAUGUAGAGGACCCAUGGCAAAUCUUGGAGGAUAAGGAGGCCAUGGCGUGGGCUGCCGGAAGCGCGUUCCCGCAGCAGGAGGACACUGCACGAAGCCAAGUGCCUGCAGAAGAAGCGGCUCUGCCAGAUGUAGAGGAGGAUCCAUGGGGCGAGGACAGUUCAUGGGCCCAGGCGAUUGAUGAGGAUCCAUGGCGCUUGCAGGAAGAGAGGCAGAACAAAGAGCGUGCCGAACUUGCAGCUCUGGCGUCUUCGCCGUUUGCCAAGACGCCAAGGGAAACAGGAGGGAUGCGGAACCAACGCGUGUCAGAUGAUUUGCCCAUUGAAGCAUUGCGCUCAGACAUCGUGCGGGCAGUGAGGGCUCAGCGUGUCACAAUUCUCGUGGGAGCUACCGGAUGUGGAAAGUCUACACGGUUGCCUCAGUUCUUGAUGAACGAGCCUGGAGCGCAGGUGUUGGUGACACAGCCGCGCCGUGUAGCAGCGGUUGAGAUCGCUCGACGCGUGGCUUCUGAGCGAGGCGAACGAAUCGGCCAGAAUGUUGGCUACCGCAUCUCGGGCGAGACAGUUCUUGGCUCUGGCAAGCUGCAGUUUGCAACAAUAGGAUAUGUGCUGACCUGGUUCUUGGCAAAGCCUGAGCAUUUUGGGCACUUCACGCACGUGAUAAUUGAUGAGGUACAUGAGAGAGCAGCAGACAUGGAGAUGUUCCUCCUGCUCACGAAGCUGUUGAUGUACUUCUUCGAGAGGCCAAAGGUGGUCUUGAUGUCGGCCACGCUCCAACCUGCAGAGUUUGGCCGCUACUUCUCUGAUUUUGAUGCGGGGCAGUCUCUGUCUGUGCCAGGGAGAACGUUUCCGGUGCAGGAGCCUGGAACGUAA